CAAAGAAGAAGAAGAAGGUGCGCGAUGGAGCGUCAAAAUAGAGCGACGAACUGUUAACUGAAGUUAUCCUUCGCAGUUCAGCAAAAAGAAGCCACCAGCACCAUGGCAACUGCACAGUCAGCAUUCACAUUUGCAGUUUGUAUCCUGAUAAUAACAGAGUUGAUACUGGCCAAAAAGGACUACUAUGACAUAUUGGGAGUGCCGAAAGAUGCCAACGAGCGUCAGAUAAAGAAGGCUUUUCACAAGCUGGCUAUGAAGUAUCACCCAGACAAGAACAAGAGCCCAGAUGCUGAGACAAAGUUCAGAGACAUUGCUGAGGCAUAUGAAACCUUGUCAGACAAGAAGAGGAGACAAGAGUACGACCAGUUUGGACAUGGCACAAACGGUCCAAACGUCCACCAGCCCUUCGACUUUGGCGACAUGUUCAAGGACUUUGAUAUUUACAGCCAGAACCGGCACGCCCGUCACAAGAGGCACUUUGAGGGCCACUUCCGGGCCAACCAGGAGGCCCACCACAGCCGACACAAGAGACACUUCCAGGGGGCUUUUGGAGCAGCAGGUGGUGGUGGCUUUGACGGCAUGUUUGACGACAUGAAGAAGAUGUUUACUUUUCACAGGGACACUACUAAGCAGACUGAGAGCAGGUUUCAGAGUACUACAGCGAAGCAACACUGCAGAACAGUGACACAGCGCAGGGGGAACAUGGUCACCACGUACACUGACUGCACUGGCUCCUGAGGACAGAGGUCAUGUCCGUAUCCACAUCACCUGGGUCGUGUUCAUCAGGCAUGAAAUGGAAGAAAGCGGUCUGAAAUGGGGAGGUACUAUCUGAACCAGUUGUGACUGCUGGGAGGAGCUAUAGGAGGACGGGCUCAUUGUAAUGGCUGGAAUGGAAUUAAUGGAACGGUAUCAAACACAUCAAACAUAUGGAAACUACAUGUUUGACUCUGUUCCUCUAUUCUAGCCCAGCCAUUACGUCCUCCUAUAGCCCCAUCCACUAGCCUCCACUGAUCUGAACUUGUCCAAUAAGAAAGGGUUGUUUUCGCCUCCCGAGUGGCGCGACGGUCUAAGGCACUGCAUCGCAGU